CUUAUGCGCAGAGCACGCGAUCAGUUAUUGUUUGGUAACCUAGAAAAUAUAGUUUGUCUCAUUCUUUGGCUCUGCCCUACAUUCGGUAUUAUCGUUUUAAGCAAUAUUAAGCAAUAUGGGUAACACCGUGUCGUCGGCUGACAAGCCUACAGCUAUUGCUCAUCCCGUCAAAGGGGAUAUAUCGGAGUGUCCUGUUGAUCAUAAAAAUCUUCCCAAAGUGCAACAGAAGAGCGAGUGUCCAAUUAAUCAUGAUGAGAUCAAUCCUUUAAAUAUGAUGCCAAAAGAAAAUCAGAAUCCAGCCCCGGAUCAACCUUUUCCACUUUCAAAGGAUAGGCAAGUUUCAACUAUUCCAAAAGCAUCAGAAGAGGGUGGAUUCUGGGUUUAUCCAUCUCCUCAAAUGUUUUGGAAUGCUAUGCUUCGUAAAGGUUGGCGUUGGAAGGAUGAAGAUCUCAAGCCUCAAGAUAUGGAUGAAAUUAUUAAAAUUCAUAAUGCUAACAAUGAGCAAGCCUGGCAAGAAGUACUCAAAUGGGAAGUAUUACAUUAUAAUGAAUGUGCAAACCCAAAGUUAAAAAGUUUUGGAGGUAAAGCCAAAGAUUACUCACCCAGAGCAAGAAUACGCUACUGGUUAGGAUAUGGAUUGCCUUUUGAUAGACACGACUGGAUUGUUGAUAGAUGUGGCAAGAAUAUCAAGUACAUCAUUGAUUACUACGAUGGUGGAGAUGUCAAUGAUAAGUAUACAUUUGCAUUAUUGGAUGUUAGGCCAGCUAUGGAUUCUCCAGGAAACAUUUGGGAUAGAAUGAAGGUUGCAUGGUGGAGAUGGAUGUAUCAAGGCAAAGAACACUAAGAAGGUUCUACGUAUUGUCAUUUAUUUUAAUGUUGUACAUAAUACUUGAAAGUUAUUUAUUAAAUUGACCUAGGAGUUGUUAAGU